AUUUUAUGCCAGCUGUUUUUAAUAAUUAUGGUUAUUUUUUUAGAAUUGGCUACUUGUUGCUAGUAGCUAUUUUUUACCGAUCAAGGGGGAAAAAGAAACUUGCACAGGGACAGAGAAACUUGUGA